AUGCUGGAUUUCAUGGACUACAUCCAGCUGGCGUUUGCGGACGCCACCAACUGGAACCGCGAUAAUUCCUACUCAUGCUUGACGACCACUACGCAAUCGAUUCUGGACUUCUCGACUCCGGAGCGAUUGCGCGUUCGGGUCUCUUCGCUUUCUACGCCGCAUUUUGCAACAAGUUACACGCUCGGCACAGUCGGACUGCUUGAUGGAUCAGUCUCAUAUCUCUUCAGCACCGUGCCUUUUCACAACACGCCCAGUCGAAGUGCCUUGAUUCCCCUUCGAAAGAUCUCUCCUGGAUAUCGGCAAGUUCAAGCGCCUUCUGCUCCUGUUGAGACAUGGGGUUGGGAUUCCAUACUGGAUCGCAUGAAUAUCCCUGGGAUCAAAGGCGGUUUGCGCCCAGGAUUGCCCAAGAGCAAAGAUGGAGAGAAUACCGCAGAGGCGGCGCAGCCUAAAGCUACUCUCCUCCAUGCCUCUUUACACCUGCCAACACCUACCACGCUGAAUGCAUUGUUCCUACGCAGGAUUUCUCCGACUAUGCAACUGGCUUUGGCAGUUUGUUCUACCCAGGGACCGCCGAUGUCGAAGUCCGCGCCACAGGCUUCCAUGCUGGCCCAGCUAUCCCAUGAUACAGGAAAAUACUGCAAUGAAUAUCUAUUUAGUACCGACAAUGCGCUCUUCGGAUGGCGCGGACUCUGGAACUUUGGCCCCAAUCCUCGUUAUACUCCUGCCAACGCCCCGCCUGCAUUGUCGCUUCUUUCGGCCGGCGCAGAAGCAUACUACUCCCCGAUAUCUUCGCUGAUUGGCAUGUCCACCGGGUUGCGUUUCAGCACACUUCCAGCAGCAACCCAAGUACCUUCAACAUCAUUUUCAUCAAAUCACCCCACGCCCAUUUCUACCUUUCCCUACACGUUGACUUUGACUCUCACGCCCAUCACUGGCUCUCUAUCAACGACAUACUCUCUUCGCGCAUCACCAAACCUCGCAUUCAGUUCCCGCUUCGGCUUCAAUGUCUAUAGCUGGGAAAGUGAAAUGGUCGCGGGCUGCGAGCUCUGGCGCAAAAACUCGAAAACUACCUCCAGCGAUGACGAACUUGAAUGGGCACGCCGCAAGAUGCGCCUGCAUGAUUUCUCUGCCACACUUCCGGGAUCCCCGCCCUCCUCUCCACUCGUCUCCGACCCGGUUCAACCCGAUUCCGCCGUAAAGUCUCAUGCGGACGACAGCGAGGCGGGCGACUCUGUGAUCAAGCUUCGCAUCGACCAGUCCUGGAAUGUUCGUCUGUUGUGGGAAGGUCGAGUCAAGGAGCUCCUUGUCAGUGCGGGUGUCGGGCUGGGACCGGGCUCGUUCUCAUCACCCAUUACAUCCUCCGCUGCUUCGGGGGGUGGAGUAUCGCAGAGUGGAGGCGGCGGGCCAGGUACGUCGUACUGGCGCGGGGUUGGAGUUUCAGUGAUGUAUUCUUCAUGA